AUGAAGGUGCCUCCAGGUUUAGAAGCCACACCUGGCCAAAUUUCAAAUCAAGGACAUAGGGAUUUAAAGUAUUUUCUUGAAUUGGAGGUGGCACGAUCUAAGAGUGGCAUUGUGCUGUAUCAAUGGAAGUACGUCCUUGACUUGCUUAGGAAAAUUGGAUUCGAGAAUUGCAAACCUGCUACCACAUCUAUCAACUAUGGGGUUAAACUCAGCAAGGAUGUUGGGGAAUUACUCACAGACUCUACUCCAAAUCGAAGGAUCAUAGGCAAACUUCUACAUCUUUCCAAUACUAGACCUGAUAUAAGCUAUGCUAUUGGGAAGCUGAGUCAAUUCUUGGAUUGUGCAACUACUGAACACCUAAAAGCUGUGCAUAGAUUACUUCGCUAUGUCAAAGGUUCUCCUGCUACUGGCUUGUUUUUUUCUGUUGUCCUGAUUCCCGUUUCUGCUUAUUGCUUCUACCUUGGUCCUUCUCUGGUUACUUGGAAGAGCAAGAAGCAACUCACAGUUAUAGCUUCUUCUUCUGAAGCUGAGUAUUGA